GAUAAAUAAAGGAGAAAAGAAAGGGCUGUGGAUCUGAAGGCGAGCAUGGAGGUUAAUGUCAUCAUGAUGAUCUUAGUUUUAGGAGCAGGGUUAUGGGACAUGGAAACUGAAGCAGUGACAGAAACAGAAGAGGAAGGACAAGACAUUGAAAUUACAUGUUCACACUCUAACGCUAUUGGCAACGGCAAAUAUUUCUGCAAAGGAGAUUGUAGAAAUAAAGACGUCCUUAUACACACGGCGGACAAGGUUCCAAAUGGGAAAUACAGCAUCAGAGAUGAAGGCAACACGUUUUAUGUGACCAUCUUUAAACUGACUAUAAAUGACUCAGGGCUUUACUGGUGUGGAAUAGACAGAGUUGGUCGGGACACGUACAAUCGAGUGGACCUCAUAGUCACAAAGCGAACUCUAACACAAGAAAAUCCAUCCAAGGCAUUUGGGUCCCAUAUGUCAUCCACCAUGAAGCUGUUGUAUGUCGGGGCCAGUCUUGGAGUGCUUGUGUUGGGUCUGGUGAUUGGCCUCAUAAUAUUUAUCAAACAUCGAAAAAGAGACAAAGACAGCCAAUCUACCGGUAUGAGACAAAUGAACAAAACAAACAACAUUCCAGGUCAUAAGGAUGAGGCCACAGGAUAUUAG